UUAGUUUCAUUUCCAUCAUCUUCUUUUCUGUGAGAAAACAAAGUUUGUUUACUUCCAGCAAUGCACUUCACUUCUCUGCCAUUCCAACUCUCCCCAAUUCGAAACCCUAACACUCCAUUUCUUCUUCUUCUUCUUCCUCCAAAAACAUUCUUCAGAUGCUUCUCUUCUCUUCCUUCUCUCUCCCCCAACAAAUGGGAACCUUUUCUCAAGAAAAAAGUCGUUAUGAGAGUUGGUUAUGUUGGAACUGAUUUUAGAGGUUUGCAAAUGCAACGGAAUGAACACAAGUUAUCCACUAUCGAGAAAGAACUUGAAACUGCUAUCUUCAAGGUCGGUGGCAUCCGUGAUAGUAAUUUUGGAGAUCUUGAUAAGAUUAAUUGGGGCCGGAGUAGCAGGACCGAUAAAGGAGUUCACUCUCUGGCAACAAUGAUAUCCUUUAAGAUGGAAAUCCCUGAGAAUGCAUGGAAAGGAGAUGAUUAUGGCAUUGAACUUGCAAACCACAUCAAUUCUUAUCUUCCUAAUAGUAUCAGAGUUUUUAGUAUAUUGCCUUCAACCAAAAGAUUUGAUCCUAGAAGAGAGUGCAAUCUGCGGAAAUAUUCUUACCUCCUCCCUGCUGAUAUAAUAGGAAUACAGAGUCAUUUUAGUGAGGAUGAAAUAGAUUUUCACAUUUCCGAGUUCAACAGUAUACUUGGUGUUUUUGAGGGAGAUCAUCCUUUCCAUAAUUAUACUGUUCGGUCUAUAUACAGGAAAAAAAACCAUGCGAGAAAAUCACCAGGAAAUGGUGGCAUGUCAAACAGAACAGAAUCAUCUAGUUUGAUAUCGGCUUGUGAUUCAGAGAGUGAGGAAAGUGAUGCUGAUGAUUCUUUGAGCGAUGGGGAACAGAGCCACAAGCCACAAGAGUCUAGUGAAUUCGAUAGUUUGAAUGGUCAAAACUCUAGUUUAGGAAUUCGUGCAAGAUGGUUGCAUGAACCGGAUGACGCAGAUAGAUUAAAUGCUUCUCAUUUCAGAAAGAUUUUAUGUUGUUCUUGCGGGAAGUUGGAGACACUACUUGGAUAUAAUUUUGUUGAGAUCAAUGUAUGGGGGGAUUCGUUUAUGUUACAUCAAAUACGGAAGAUGGUUGGAACUGCCGUGGCUGUAAAGCGCAAGUUAAUCCCAAGGGACAUCCUUUCAUUGUCACUCGUCAAGUUUUCUCGUAUCGUCCUCCCCAUUGCCCCACCAGAAGUCUUGAUUUUGAGAGGAAACACCUUCAGAUCAAGUUCUGGAAACUGCACAAGGCCUGAAAUGGUGUCCAUGGUUGAAUCAGAACAAAUUCUAAAAUCCGUCGACGAAUUCUAUUCAUCUGUUAUGUUGCCUGAAUUGUCAAAGUUCCUAGACUCAUCAAAGUCUCCUUGGGCUAAUUGGGUUGAGAAAUUGGAUAAGUAUUCAAGCAUUCCAGAUGCUCAACUUGAGGAAGUUAGAGAGGCUUGGAGGACAUGGAAGGAAAAUUUCAGGGCGAAACCGACAUCAGAUGCAUAGUACAUGUGUUCAGUUAUGAAGGUACUUGUCAUGUUUAACUCAUCUGAUCAUGGUCAACUUGAUGAUAUAUGCUGAACAAAUAGACAUGCUUAAAUAUUGAAACUAUUAUUAAAGGAUGAACAAUGCAUUUCCUUAAAUGAAAGAAAUACCCCAAUUUUUCCUAACGAGCACACCAUGAUAAUGUAAUGUUAUUUAAUUUGUCAUCUGAUGUACAUCAAACAUAACAUAAAAUAAAAGUUUGUCGUGUUAUAUCAUAUCA